AGACUAAGUUGUUCCCUCUCCAUUACUCGUAAAAGUUGUCAUAUCUUCCUCUAUAUAAACCCAAGGAAGCAUGCAGAAGAUAGAACAAAAAGAAGAGACAACUCAAUCUAUAGAGAGGGCUUUAGGGAAUUUGGAAGAGGAAGCAAGAAUGGCAAGUCGGGCAGCUCACAGGAUGUUUGAUGGAAGCAUAACUGCGAAUGACACAGACAUCCAGUGGAGGCCAUACCGCCCCAACUUUGGCUGUGCACUACACAAAUUGAAAGGUGGCAGUUCCCAUGAUUGUUUCCAACCAAGGAACAUAGCUUUCCCAAAGAAACAAUGGCAAAGUGAUUGUUCCUUGUUGAUGGCAGCUUCCAAAUUCUCUUCUCAAUCUUCCUCUCAUCCUGAUGAUCUCGCAUUGCUCAGAAAGCAUAUAUAGAAGAAAUGGAUGAAGGUUUUGUGCAUAGAUUAGAUAAAUGUUUGACACAGCU